UCUGGCCGUCAGAGACACAGGUGGACUGGUGGAGGCGCUGCACGUGACUGCUCGUCCUCAUGGGGAACAGUGCCCUGAAGUCUCACCUGGAAACCUCCCAGAAGACUGGGGUGUUCCAGCUGACAGGGAAGGGACUGCAGGAGUUCCCUGACGAGCUGCAGAGACUCACCUGUAACCUGAGGACAGUCGAUUUGUCCGGGAACAAGAUCGAGCUGCUUCCUGCUGCCGUCGGAAACUUCCUGCAGCUCAAGAGUCUGACGCUCAACUGCAACCGACUGACCUGUCUCCCUGGUGAGAUCGGGAAGCUGAAGAAGCUGGAGACCCUGAGUCUGAAUGGGAACCGGAUCCAGCAGCUGCCCCCCACCAUGGGUCAGCUCAAGGCCCUGCGGUCCCUAAGCCUGGCCGGGAACCAGAUCUCAGAGUUCCCCCCUGGACUGGCCACUCUGAGACAUCUGGACCUGCUGGACCUGUCCCGAAACCAGAUCCACAUCGUCCCCCCAGGGGUGUGCGAGCUGCAGGCUAUCGAGAUCAACCUCAACCAGAACCAGAUCUCGGUGCUGUCGGCGGAGGUGUCUCGAUGUCCUCGUCUGAAAGUUCUCCGUCUGGAGGAGAACUGUCUGGAGCUGUCCUCCAUCCCUCUGUCCAUCCUCAACGACUCCCAUGUGUCUCUGUUCUCUGUGGAGGGAAACCUGUUCGAGGUCAAGAACCUCAGAGACCUGGAGGGAUAUGACAAGUACAUGGAGCGUUUCACAGCCACGAGGAAGAAGUUUGUCUGACGACCCUCGUUGACUUCAGAGCCCCACCUGGAGGCGGGGUCAGACAAGACUCCUCUCCCACAGCUUCUUCUCCUGCUGCUGCUUAAAUCUAGACGUCACCGUCACAUUGUCCCCUGUCUGCAGCGAGACCUGCUGCCGCCGUGAUGGCGGCUAACCAAUCACUGGUAACCAGAGGUCACAUGGACGAAAAGAAGAACAUGGACGGACACACGGACACUAACCAUCACAUCCAUCAGUGAUCAUCUUUAACCUCACAUCACAUAUUUAUAAAGAUGUAUAUCAUUUCCCGGACGUAACUCAACACCUUUGUCUUGUUUAAUAUUCACGGGAAUAUGAAUAUGUAAACGAGCCCCGCCUCUGUCUCCUCCCCCCGGUUCCUGAACGAUGCACAGUGAUGAAGCUGGAAAUCCAGGCGGACAUGUUGGAUACAGAAGCAGAAGAGUGAAGAGUUCAGCUUCAUGAUACUCAUGUUAGAUAAACAUGGCCACAGCUCUGACAGCUAAGUCACAGUAGAUAACUCACAGGAGCUAACUUUGCUUACUUAUGGACCUUGAGAAUUAGCUUAAUCUGGCUCCGCCCCCCCGGUCUUUGGGUAUGACUCUGUAUGACUUGACUCUGUCACAGAUCACUGUGAGAAGUUUUUGUCAUUUAAUAAACACAACGUUAACAAGGA